AUGAGCCUUCUCAAAGAGCGAAAACCAAAAAAGCCGCAUUACAUCCCCAGGCCCCCAGGAAAGCCCUUCAAGUACAAGUGUUUCCAGUGUCCCUUUACUUGCAACGAAAAGUCACAUCUUUUUAAUCACAUGAAAUACGGUCUCUGUAAAAACUCCAUCACUUUAGUGUCCGAGCAAGAUCGCAUUCCCAAGUGCUCCAAACCGAACUCUUCGGACCCUAAACCAACCAAUCAGUCCGACCCCAUGGCAAAGCCCACCUCCUCCAAGCCCGUCCCAAGUGGGCUCUCACACCUGGACGCCAAGCUCCAACAUGGCCUCGCCAAGGAUGACAUCAAGGAAAAUGUGGACCUGCGUGCGUGCGGGCCCCACAGGUGCCCCGGACAGAAGCCCACUCUACACAAGGAAGCAGCACCCCUGAGUCCAGCUCCAGAAGCCACCGUGGGCCCCCAGCCUGUGCUGGAAGGCACUACCCGGCCUUCAGCAUUCAUUCCAGUUGGCGAGCACAGACUCAAAGGGCAGGAACUCACCGAGGCUCCUGAAGCGCUGACCCUGACCCAGCCCCCGGCCAAAGCUGCCUCCUUCCACACCAAGUCUGCCUUUCACGCCCCUGGCUACCCGUGGAAAGCUGGCUCACCUUUCCUCACACCUGAGUUUCCACAUAAAAUCCCAUCCACAAAGGGGUUUGGUGCCACUUCCCCAUACGUGCACCCCACCAUCGCAGAGUACCCGCCUCACUUUUACACAGAACACGGACUGGCCACCAUCUACUCAUCGUACCUACUCGCAGGGAACUCGCCCGAGUGUGACAGCCCCCUGCUAUCCGUCUACGGGGCCCAAGACCAAAGACAUUUCCUGCCUCACCCAGGGCCGAUCCCUAAGCACCUGAACCCGGUUCCAUCCACAUACGACCAUUACAGAUUCUUCCAGCAGUAUCACUCCAAUCUGCCGAUUCCUUAUGGAUUUUAUAGACCAGAGUCUGCAUUUUCCUCCUAUGGCCUCAGACCCCCACCCGUUGCUGGUAUUUCACAAGAUCAAAGCUCACACCUACUGGAAGAAGCUGCCCUGGCCUACCCGGCCUGGAGUCCAUCCAAGUUAAACUCUUCCAACUCCCACAAAAAAUACGCAGAGUUUGAGAAAGAGAGUCCGACUCCCGAGGCUAAAGACCUUUCCAAAGAUGGGCAGAGGGACACGGAAGGGACCAAAAUGAGCCCACGUGCAGGCAGUGCGGCCACAGGCUCCCCGGGAAGGCCGAGCCCCACCAAUUUCACGCAGACGAGCCAGCCCUGUGCCGGGCUGUGCAGCCUCUUGGACGUGGCGGCCUCCGGCGCCCCAGGAAGUCUCCAUCCACCAGAACAGAGCCUCACAGCCUUCAAGCCUGUCAAGAAGAACACGCAGCGCUCACAUUCCCAGGCCCCAGAAAACAGAGCUGCAUCUCCAGAAAGCUUCGAGGCCAUGAAUGCAGAUGCUCUGGCUCAGAUGGGGAGACUGGAAGCUGCACCCUCCAGCCCAGAGCACGGCUCCAGGACAGCCCCUCUGAACCUCUCCACGAAACCAGAAGCUGAGCCAGCCACUACACACACCACUGCCUAUGGAGAAUUUAUGGAGCCACAGGACGCACCCCUCAACCUCUCGGUGAAGGACCCCUGCAACGCCCUGACCUCGAGGCCCUCUGUCCGCAGCCGCCCGAGAGGGGCCGAACCCGCGGCUGCCCCCACCCCGACUUCUGCUCCGCAGUCGGAGACAGCAAGUUCUGGGGGCGGGCCCGACCCCAGCUCUGCGGAGGCCCCUGUGCCCAGCCCCGCCGGGAAGGUCCAGGACGCACGCUCAGCUGACAGUGAUGAGCAGAAGCAGACUGCGGCCGUGGCCCUCUGCCAGCUGGCGGCCUACAGCCCAGGGAACGUCGAGCCCUCUGCCCAGGAGCCUGCCUGCCAGCUAGAUGCACCCACCCCCAGAGCCCCUGAGAGCCAGGAGGCUCAGUGCGACCUCAGACCCAAAGGGCAAAAGAGGACGAGCCCCAGGGAUGCAGGGAAGGCCCAGCAGGGAACCAAGAAGGCAAAGCACAGCGACACAGCCAGAGUGUUCACACUCCGGAAAAGAACACGGGUGUCUUAG